AUGGGCGAUGCUCGCCGUCCCCCGGAUCCUGGUCCCCGAGGAUUUGGGGCUCGGGAACUGGGUGCAGGCGCAGUCGUGGGCGGUGAUGCCGGGCGGUCAGGCGAGCUACUUGGGGCAGCCGGUGCCAUGGGGGACGUUGCCGACGAUACUGGUGAUCGAGUUCUUGUCCAUUGCGUUCGUGGAGCACCAGCGGAGCAUGGAGAAGGACCUGGAGAAGAGGAAGUACCCCGACGGGGCGUUCGACCGGCUCGGUUUCUCGAAAGACUAGAAAAAUCUCGAGGAGUACAAGCUCAAGGAGAUCAAGAACGGUCGGCUGGCAUUGUUGGCGCUCAUCGGGUUCUGCGUGCAGCAGUCGGCGUACUCGGGGACCAGCCCGCUGGAGAAUUUGGCAACACAUUUGGCGGAUCUAUGGCACAAGAACAUCGGGGAUGUUCUUAUCCCGUUCAAUUGAAGUGA